AAAGUAUCUUCCAUUAGAUCGACACCCAUAUUUUUCUCCAAUUCUUGUUGUCUCAUUCUGUCAUUAGCCGAAUUCCUUCAUAAAAAUCCAAUCUUUUUCCUCUAUAAAAACCCACUCUCUCUCUCCUACUCUCUAUCGCACUGACACUCUCUAAAUUAGUGUGACCAGUGACCACCACUUUCAUCUAAACCGUUAUUGCAUCAAAGUACUCGCUUCCCUUUUCUUCCUUCUUCUGCUCUCUCUCUGAUCUAUGCUUCCCUCUCAAUAUUUGGUCGGUGGGAGUUCGCUUUGUAGUUGACCAGCGUCUAACUUGAACACCUUUUCGCCUAAUAAAGCUAUAUAUCUCUUGCACUUCAAUGAUUGACAAUUUGUUUCUGAAUUUAAUUUACAGCUUUGUUGAUUGAAUUGGUGAAGAUGCUGGAGAAAAUGGAGGACAGAUUUGAUCCAGAGGCAGUGAUUGAGGAAUUCGAGUCGUUGUCGAGAGACGCGGGGAGGGUUCAGAGGGAAACUCUGCGGAAAAUCUUGGAUGAAAAUGGUGGAACAGAGUAUUUGCAGAGAUGGGGUCUCAAUGGGAGAACUGAUUCUCGUAGCUUCAAGGAUUGUGUUCCCAUUGUCUCCCACAGUGACUUGGAGCCUUACAUUCAGCGAAUCGCGGACGGAAACAGCCCCUGCUGCCUCACCGGAAAGCCAAUCACCACCAUCUCCUUGAGUUCUGGUACCACUCAAGGGAAGCCUAAGCUUGUGCCUUUCAACGACGAAUUGAUGGAGAGCACGAUGCAGAUAUGCAAGACGUCGUUUGCAUAUAGGAAUAGGGAGUAUCCGAUUGGGAACGGGAAGGCGUUGCAGUUCAUCUAUGGCAGCAAGCAAUUCAAGACGAAAGGCGGGCUAGCUGCUGGAACGGCCACGACCAACGUGUACCGAAAUGCACAUUUCAAGAGAAUGAUGAGGACGAUGCAGACGCCAUGCUGCAGCCCGGAUGAAGUCAUAUUCGGACCAGAUUUCCACCAGUCGUUGUACUGUCAUCUUCUAUGCGGACUGAUCUUCAGAGACGAGGUCCAGGUGGUCUCGUCCACGUUCGCGCACAGCAUAGUCCACGCUUUCAGGACCUUUGAACAAGUCUGGGAAGAACUCGUGACUGAUAUCCGCGAAGGGACCUUGAGCAGCCGGAUUACUGUCCCAACAAUCCGAGCAGCUAUGUCAAAGCUGCUCGAGCCAGAUCCUGAUCUAGCGGAUACCAUUUACAGCAAGAUCUCGGGGCUAAGCAAUUGGUACGGCCUAAUCCAAGAGCUAUUUCCUAGCACUAAGUACAUAUAUGGGAUCAUGACCGGAUCCAUGGAGCCGUAUCUGAAAAAAUUGAGGCAUUAUGCCGGUGAGCUACCUUUGUUGAGCGCAGAUUACGGAUCCUCAGAGGGAUGGAUUGGUGCAAAUGUCAACCCCAAGCUCACUCCAGAGGUGGCCACAUUUGCUGUGCUUCCUAAUAUUGGCUACUUCGAGUUCAUCCCUUUGAGAGAGGAUCUAAACAGCCAAGGCCAAGAGGCGAAGCCCGUAGGGCUCACCGAUGUCAAGAUAGGCGAGGAGUAUGAAAUCUUAGUCACCAAUUUUGCAGGUACACAAACAUUCAUUCAAAUUAAUUAUGCAAUUCAAUUCUUGAAACCGUGCUUGCUUCUCGUCUCAUAUCGUUGUAUACUCGUAUUAUGUGUAUGUUUGCUAAUACUUAGCCACUAAUUGAGCUCUUUGACUUCUUGAUACUACUGGUUUCAAUGCUUAGGCAUGUGGUUGUUGGAAAUUUGGACAUUGUAUUUAUAAGUUUCUGCAGGUUUAGCUGUUUCCUCUAUUCUGAAAUCAUUGAAUUAAUUUGAUUUAGAUAUUAUUUUGUGUCACGUGAUAUAACCAGCUGGAUAAGUUAGGCCUCAGAAACAGUACUUAUUUCAUAAAUGAUGCUGAAUUUGCAUUUCCAUCUGAUGACUAUUUUUGUUUUCUGACAAUAUAAACAUAUUUAAGCUAUUUCUUCCAAGUUUUCGGCUUCAGUUACUCCGAGUCAAGACCGCUUUAAUUGUGUUUAAAUUAAAAUGUACUGUUAAGCAAUGUUCAUGUUAGGACUUUUUUUGAACUACUAAUAGAGAAAAAAAUGUUGUGAUGCAUAGUCGUUAGUGUAUCUAGUCGAUGCCUGAACGCGUUCCUGCCUCGAUGGUUGCUACAGUUGAUGUCUUGAAG